UUGGCGAAACAGCUUCCUGUCUACAGCAUUGGAUAAAAUCAGCUUCUAGUCCAGUGUGAUUAUACAGCUGCGAGAUUGAGAAGCUCUGGCGACCAAGCCUUUAACGUUGUUUUCAUCUGUCUAACCAACUACAUGGUAGUGACUUGGGACUGAAACCAAUAAUUGGAAAAUUACUAUUCGAGGCAGUCGAGGCAAGAGUUCAGCGACCUACAUCACAGAUUCUAACCGGCAGGUUGCCCAAUAACCAGAAAGCGAAGGACUAGAUUGUUGGUGCUGAAACGAAGCGUUGUGAAACCCGUUCGCCCUUACAAACCAAGCCAUUGAGCACCCGACAAUUUUGCCUUUUCAUAGGACUCAACGGAGCAUCCAACUCUACCUACUUGUACCACUGAGGUCGCCACAACGUACGUUCUUGCCAGUCAGUCUAUUGCCAAAGCCCAUCGGCUGGAAACAGUGCUUGCCAAACGGAGAAACACACCUUCUUUCCUCUUUCAGAUGUACAAUUCAGAUUGAGUUCAACGAUGGACAGUAAAAGGUCAAUUGAAAGAAUAUUCAAAGAGAAAUCAUCCAAGAAUGUCAAAUCCGGAGUGAUAACAGUUAUGCACACUUGGCAUGCAGUUAGGAUCAGAGAUAAGAAUGCUGUUUUGAGAAUACAGCGUGCACUGUAUGUUGAACGCCUUCUUCUUCAUGCACCCCGUAUUCCGGUGAUUCUGCAAAUGGGACCACCCUAUCUGCCUCCAAAGUCUAUCACUAAGCCACAGUACACAUUGGUACUGGACCUUGAUCAGACUCUCAUCCACGGAUCGCGUGGCUGUCUGAAACACCGGUUGGCAACCCUCACCGUGAGAAUGGGAGCAAAAGAGAAGAUACUCAUUUACGCUAGGCCUUACCUGAUACAUUUCUUGGAAGAACUGAGCCGACUCUACGAAAUCAUAGUAUACACAGCUACUACAGCAGGAUUGGCAAAGCAAGUCGUUGAGUGGAUCAACCGGGGACACAAGAUAGUGAGUCACGUGCUCUACGAGAAGCAUUGUUUUCGGCAGAACGGCGAAUACAUCAAAUGUCUAGCAAGGCUUGGUCGCGAUCUCGCCAGGACCGUGUUCAUCGAUGACCAUUAUGUGCAAGUAGCGUACAACUGGAAGAAUGCAAUACAGGUGUCCGCGUGGACAGCGCUGCGAUCCUACGGCAAUGAUGAUCUGCUUCGCCUGUUGCCUUUACUUAGGCUUCUGGCGAAAAUGCAAGACGUGCGACCAGCCCUGGAGAGAUUGAACACGUUACGCUCUUUCCCCCAAUACAGACUGGAAGAGACAGGUGAGUGGAUAAACGAUGCCCUGGGCAAACACUAAUGCAGUUAUUUUGGGUAACUGGUGAAGGAGUAGAGUAUAUAAAGGUAAAGCCAAUCUGAGGGCCGCCAAGGCCAGACGGCUGAAGGAGGCAGAUGACGAACCAAUGGAACCAUCGCAGUGAUCGGAAGAGGCCUAAAAUCUAUGUUUGCAUGCGAAGGCCGCACCCAAGUAACACCACGUGCAACCUUGCUUCCGACAUGUAAGUCAUGUUGGAACAUUCUCCAUUUGUUAGUGUUUGUGUUCGUUUAUCAUGUAUAUUACUCAGUAUGUCAUAAUUGGACACUGUUCGAUUAUUCUUACCUUGCGCAUUUCACUAUUUGUAACGUGGCUCCUCUGCUUCAGUUUUCGUUCUAUCUCUCUGGCAGGGGCAGCCACCACCCGUCUGGUGGGUGCCAGCAUCCUCCGGCAGUUGUGCUGGGACUCUACAAUACAUUCUUGUUCUUCGCUGUUUGAAUUAUUAUUAAUAUUUUAUUUGUGCUGUUUCUUGCGGCACUCGCUUUUGUGUAGAUUUGACCUUUUUUGCAUGUCCACGUGAGUAUAGAUGACAUCAUGCAUUAUUUUCUGUCACGUGGUUUGCUUUGCGCAUGUCGUUCAAGAUGUUUGAACUGCGCCCGCUGGCCGAUUUUCUUUGCUUGCUGUUUUCUUUGCCUGUCAAGCGUAGGUACGCUAUGGUGUCAUUCUCCUUGGCUGGGUGUCCGGUAGGGGGCCGGGUACGUGCGACCCCAGCUCUCCAUUCUUUUCUUUUUUUUGGUUUGAUUCUUCAAUGGUGUUUUGAGAACAUGUUUGGUAAUACAGUCUUCUAAAUAGA